ACGAUGGUGGAGCCAAACGAGCGAACAAUAACUUCAUUAUACUUUGUGUCGAACCUAUUUGUUCGUUAUCUUGUACAUCGCAAGUAUUGUUAUAAACUUAAUUGAUUCGUUGUCGUUAUCAUUGUCUGAUAAGUAAAAAGAGCAUUUCUUCAGGUAGAGAUGUAUUAUCGAAGGUGCAAAGUCUUUCAGGAGAUUUGAAAUCAGUGGAUCGAGUAACGGAAAAGGAGACGAACGCUGCUUCGAAGACGAAUAAAAAUCGAGGACAACUAAGUACGGCAGACAAAACAUUGAAAAUGUGAAGAAGAGAAACGGUACAUGGAAUCAAGAUGACGAUGAGGUGGACGAAGAAUUUGAAUCGCGCCAUGUUGAAAAGCAGAAUGUUCAGAAUUUAAAAACCGAAAACAAAAUGCAAAAUGGAGUGUUGAGUAACAACGUGAUAGCCAGGUCAAAAGAUUUGAUUUUGGUACCUGAGCCAGAGAUGCAGAAUCAUAGAAAUCAUCUUGAGGAAAUUAAAGCAGAGAAUUCUUUAACAUCAGCGAUUCCUGGCAAAAGCGAGAACCUUAUUCGCAGAAAUUCGUUUGAGACACUCAAACGAGAAUUUGAACCUGCGAUCUGUUUGGACUAUAUCAAAGCUGGCGUAGAAGCUAUUAUUGAAGAUGAAGUAACAUCUAGGUUUGAAGCGGAAGAACUGAAGAAUUGGAAUCUAUUAACUCGAACAAACAGACACUAUGAAUUUAUUUCUUGGAAGCUAACAGUGAUAUGGAUGUUCGGAUUUGGUUUAAGAUAUUGUUUUCUUCUUCCUUUACGGAUAUUUAUUUGUUUUAUAGGAGUGAUGUGGCUGACAGUAUGUACAGCAUUUGUGGGCUACGUUCCGGAGGGUAGUUUCAAACGAUGGCUGAAUCACAAAGUUUCCGUAAUGUGCUUUGGUGUGUUAUCGAGCGCUUUGUCAACAGUAAUUACUUAUCAUAAUCCAGAGAAUCGACCGGUUAGGGGCAUUUGUGUGGCCAACCAUACUUCUCCCAUAGAUGUCUUAGUACUUAUGUGCGAUAAUUGCUACUCCUUGAUAGGACAAAGACACGGUGGGUUCUUAGGAAUUCUGCAAAGAGCUUUAGCGCGUGCUUCUCCGCAUAUUUGGUUCGAACGAUCUGAAGUUAAAGACAGGGAAGCAGUCGCAAAAAGAUUGAAGAAGCAUGUGUCUGACCCUACAAAUCCACCAAUACUUAUUUUUCCUGAAGGAACUUGCAUAAAUAAUACGUCAGUCAUGCAGUUUAAAAAGGGUAGUUUCGAAGUGGGAGGCGUUAUUUAUCCUGUUGCAAUAAAGUAUGAUCCAAGGUUUGGAGAUGCGUUCUGGAAUAGUAGUCGCUACUCAAUGAUACAAUACUUGUACAUGACUAUGUCGAGUUGGGCAAUAGUUUGCGAUGUUUGGUAUCUUCCGCCAAUGUACAGAAACGAAGGAGAAAGUGCUAUUGAUUUUGCAAAUAGGGUAAAAUCUGUGAUAGCAAGACAAGGAGGAUUGGUUGACUUACAAUGGGAUGGUCAACUUAAGAGAAUGAAACCAAAAAAAGAAUGGAAGGAAAAACAGCAAGAGGAAUUUAGUAAACGACUUAAAGUCGAAUAAAUCGAGUCAUCUCUAGUCGCACUUUUAUGAUCGCUGUAACGUGUGAUAUUUUGCUUAAAUAUUUUACCUGAUGUGCUGUUUUGUCUUCUUUGUGGGUAUCUGACUGUACGAAGAGGAAAAGAUAGCUAGUACGCAUGAUUCUGUUUCUUUAAUUUUACAAAUAUGGUACGUUGUAUUUUGUUAAAUCAAUUAUUACAUAUUUUAGAAAAUUCAAGGUAUGAAACAGAAUUUCUAAUAUACAUGUAUAAAUAAGUUAGAUCUUUAUUCUAUCACAGCGUAAUUUUCACUUUUCUUUUCUUUAUUUUUUUUUUUUUUUUUUUUCCCCGAAAACAAGAAAGACAGUCUUUAUAUUAUAAUAAAGAUCGAACAAUACUACAAGUACCACAUUUGUGAUUUUUAAUAAUGUUAUUCUACAAUGAGGCAUUAUAAAUUUUUUAUUUAUACACAAUGAACUGUUUAAUAUGGAAUGAUAUGUCAUUGCGUGUGAUCUUUCGUGUGCAUGAAUGGGUGUAGUGUCAAAGUCAUUCUACUCGAAUAUCUAAUUCACCUCAUUAAUCCAUUACUUUGAUACGUGGAGUUAUAUCCAUUUGAUAUUAUGUAGGAAAAAUUGCAUUUUUUCUUUUUGUAAAAAAUACGAUAAGGCAACAUAGUAAUGUUUUUAUUGUAGUCUAGAAAUAAACUAUUUAUUCAUAUUUCUGAAUGAAAGAAGUUAGAGUAUGCCAGGAUUAUGCUAUUGUAUCCGCCACUGAAGAUUAUUUUAGGUGUCAUUCAUUGCAAUCCAAUUAAGAAUGUAUUUUAGAUGUUUUCUAUUUUUAUAAUUAAUAAUAUCAAAAUUUAAAAUAUGAAGCAUACGUAUGCAUAAAAAAUACAUACUUGUAUCCCUGACUAAACAUUAGGAGAAUCAUCAUUGUUUAUGAAAUCUUGUUAACAGGUUGUUAAUUUUCAAGUAAAAAUUCUAAUUAAUUUUAGAUAUUAUAUGUAAUAUAAUUGCACUACUUGUUAGGAUCUUUUGAUUGAAAUCCUGAAUAUUAAAUAAAAAAUUAGGUAAUUACAUUAUUGUUUCAUUCCGUCUGGUAUGUAUAUUUUCAUGCAAACUAAGCUCGUUUAGGGAAAAAGUCUUCCAUCACUCACCUUCAGUCAUGAGAGUGGUGGAUGAAAAAUGUCUUGUUUUUUUUACUUCUCUUUAACUGAAGGAUGUCAAGUUGCACAUAAAUGGGUAUUCUUACCUUUGAUACAAUUCAAAUUCUUAUGACCCACCAAAAGAAAAAUUUAAUCGUUUGCACUGAGAUAUGUAAUAGCAUGUAGAUAAUAAAUAUAUGUAAUAUAUUAUACAUGCUGAAAUUGUUAAAAUAACUUAUUUGAAAUAUGAAAUUGUUAAUUAAACUAAUAGAAUUAUUUAGUUCGAUAAUUAUGAUACUUUAGUAAUUUGUUCAUUUAAGAAUUAUGGUGCUAUGUGCAUUGUCAUUAUCCAAUUUUUUAUAUAAAAAAAAAAAAAA